AGAGCUGUGGCUGCGACAUGGAGAUAUGUGUCUGCGAAGACUUGACUACGUCACUGUGCUUCGAAAUUUCACUGACAAAAGAGAGAGCUUGCAAACGGAGUCAGCCGUGAAAACUUGAUUGCAUGGGACCAGUCUCACGAAAAUGCCAUUGAUAGCAAGUCCCAUAAUCCCUCCAGACAUCAUGGGAGCCCACAGGCUGAUGCUAGGAUAUGACGUCCAUCUGUGUUGUAUUUAGGCAAUCAGAAAAACAUGGGGACGUCGGGAUCGCUUACCCAAACCAAAAGAACGAUAUCGCGUAUAGGGGAGCAGCUAGCAAUGCUGACGAUGUCCAUCAGCUGUUAUUCGAGUAAGAUCUGGUUCUGCUCACUCAUUUCUAGACGGAAUUCCGGAGGAACGGGAGCCGGCGCAAGCUCC